CCUGUCUAAAGGUCAGUGAUCACAGUGUAAAUAUACGGUUUUAAAGUCUCCCAGCUGCUGAACUGUGAACUGAGGAGAAAAAAAAACCAUUUUUUACAUGGGAUUGUGACACAGUGAGUAAACGAAGGUAUAUUCCGUCGAUUACAUUUUUUAUGAGAAGAGUCCAGAUGUCUGAGUCGGUGUUCUGUUUGGUGAUAUUUUUAUUCACUACAUACACAAUCAGUCUUCAGUCAGCAGUGUUUCUUAAGCACAGGGACGCUGUACGGAUCCUGAGGCACCGCCGAGCCAACUACUUCCUGGAAGAAGUGAUGCCCGGAGAUCUGGAGCGCGAGUGUUACGAGGAGAUUUGCUCAAAAGAGGAAGCUGCAGAAAUAUUUCAGAGCAGAGAGAAAACAACAGAGUUUUGGUAUAGAUACCAAUCUCAGAGUAAGUGCCAUGAAAACGUGUGUUUUAACAGAGGAGUUUGCACCAUAAGUGAAGGACGUUACAAGUGUGUGUGUCCGCCACAUUACACCGGAACACACUGCGAGACAGAAGUGUUUGAGUGCGAGUACAAGAACGGUGGGUGUUUACACUACUGUAGAGACGCACAACCGGUCGGCUCCAGCGUCACCUGCAGUUGUGCUGAUGGAUAUGACCUGGAGGAGGACGGAAAAACCUGCGAAGUGAAGGCACAAUACCCGUGUGGAAAACAAUGGACUCAAGGCUUUCUACUGCGCUCCUUACCGGAUGAUCUAAACCACAACCAUACCUCAGAAGACCCCAAACACUACCUCACAAACAACACACAGUUCAAACCAAACCACACCCACUCUCUGGAGAACGCCACCCACCCGCUCUACAACAUAUCUGCGUCUGAUGACUCGGAUAGACGAAUUGUCGGUGGCAUGCUGCAGCGUCAGGGUGGAAGUCCGUGGCAGGCUCUGCUACGCAAUAAAGAUGAGAAUGGUUACUGUGGAGGAACGCUGAUCAACCUGCGCUGGGUCAUUACAGCGGCUCACUGUCUCCAGGAAACACCUGAUCAUGUGACCCUCGGCGACUAUGAUAAAUUUCGUCCUGAUGAAGGCGAGCAGAAGAUCAAGGUGGAGAAGGUUGUCGCUCAUCCCCAUUACCACGACUACACAUUUGACAGUGACAUCGCUUUGCUGUACCUGGCCAAGCCGGUGGUGUUCAGUUCAGUCGUCUCCCCUGCAUGCCUUCCGAACGUUCAGCUGGCCAAGCGGCUGGAGCGACCUGGGGAGAACGGCCUAGUGAGCGGCUGGGGUGCGACUAGCUACCUCGGCCGUGCUUCUCGCUUCCUCAUGAAAGUGUCACUUCCUGUAGUGGACCAGAAGGACUGUAUGGAUUCAACAGAUCAGGUGAUCACUGAUAACAUGUUCUGCGCCGGAUAUCUGCAUGCAGAGAAAGAUGCGUGUAGCGGUGACAGCGGUGGGCCGUUCGUGGUGAACUACAGGGGGACGUGGUUCCUGACCGGAGUGGUGAGCUGGGGCGAGCAAUGUGCCGCCGACGGAAAAUACGGGGUGUACACAAGAAUCAGCAACUUCCUGCACUGGAUAGGAGACGAGAUGAAGAAACACGAAGAGACAAUCAACAAGAACAACAAACAAACCAGCACCAAUUCGACCCUGCGCUCUUAUUCAUAACCUAAUUCUAAUCAUAUGAUAACUGGAUGUUUUUAGUUACAAUUUUUUUAAUGAAGACAUUGGAGCUUUUCUGUUUUGUGCAAACUGUAUGGAGAAAAUGUUCACUCUAUUAACCUGUGAUCCUAUAGUAAAGUUCAGGAUCAGGAACCAUACACAGGAAACACUUCGAACAUCAGAAAUACUGAAUUAUGAGUGAAAGCAGUUAUUAAACCCUUUUACACCACA